CAUGUCCACCACCACAUGUCAAGUGGUGGGCUUCCUGCUGUCCAUGCUGGGCCUGGCCGGCUGCAUCACUGCCACGGUGAUGGACAUGUGGAGCACCCAGGACCUGUACGACAACCCUGUCACCGCCGUGUUCCAGUACGAAGGGCUCUGGCGCAGCUGCGUGCAGCAGAGCUCCGGCUUCACCCAGUGCCGGCCCUACUUCACCAUCCUGGGCCUGCCAGCCAUGCUGCAGGCCGUGCGAGCCCUGAUGAUUGUGGGCAUCGUCCUGAGUAUCAUUGGCCUCCUGGUGUCCAUCUUCGCCCUCAAGUGCAUCCGCAUCGGCAGCAUGGAUGACUCUGCCAAAGCCAAAAUGACACUUACCUCCGGGAUCAUGUUCAUCAUCUCAGGUCUCUGUGCAAUCGCUGGAGUGUCUGUAUUUGCCAACAUGCUGGUGACUAACUUCUGGAUGUCCACAGCUAACAUGUACACCAGCAUGGGUGGGAUGGUGCAGACCGUCCAGACCAGGUACACCUUUGGUGCGGCUCUGUUUGUCGGCUGGGUCGCUGGAGGCCUCACGCUAAUUGGGGGCGUGCUGAUGUGCAUCACGUGCCGGGGCCUGACGCCCGAGGAAACCAACUACAAAGCCGUCUCUUAUCACGCCUCGGGCCACAAUGUUGCCUACAGGCCUGGAGGCUUCAAAGCCAGCACUGUCUUUGAGUCCAACACCAAAAACAAGAAGAUAUACGAUGGGGGUGCCCGCACAGAAGAUGAGGGACAAUCUCAUCCUUCCAAGUACGACUACGUGUAGCCCUCCAAGACACCUCGGCA